UCUCUGUCUCUUUUGCUUUGUUUUCCAGGUGUCCUCCAGGUGUCAAUCUCGCUAAAAAAGGUGGAGCUGAGCGUCGGAGAGUCCAAGUUUUUCACAUGCACAGUGAUCGGGGAGCCUGUGAAUCUGGACUGGUAUAACCCACAGGGGGAGCGGAUGGUCCCGUCUCAGCGGGUGGCACUGCACAAUGAAGGUAUCCGUUCCAGACUCACCCUCUACAAUGCCAAAAUAGAAGACGCUGGAAUCUAUCGGUGCCAGGCCAGCGAUGUACAGGGACAUACAGAGGAGGCCACUGUGGUGCUGGAGAUCUACCAGAAGCUGACGUUCAGAGACGUGAGGUCUCCCCAGGAGUUUCGACAGAGCGAUGUGGCUGAAGUGGUCUGUGAUGUCACCAGCUCACCCGUGCCUGUGGUCUCCUGGUUUUACAACAACGUGGAGAUCAUUGAAGAUACUGAGAAGUUUCAACUCUUACAGAACAACAAUCUGCAAGUCCAGAGAGUAACUAAAGCAGAUGAAGGAGUGUAUCGCUGCGAGGCCAGAGUCGAGGCCAGGGGAGAGAUUGACUUCCGGGACAUCAUCCUGGUGGUUAACGUUCCACCGGUUGUGUCUGUGCCGCAGCAGUCCUUCAACGCCACUGCGGACUAUGGAGAGUCUGUGACCUUCACCUGCCGGGCCUAUGGCUCACCUGAACCGGAUGUUACCUGGCACAGGAAGGGAGUGCAGCUCCAGGAAUCGGAGCGGUAUGUAAUGAGAGCUCGAGGUACAACGCUCACAGUUCGAAACAUUCAGCAGGACGACGGGGGCUCCUACACCUGCAAGGCCUCUAACAAGGCGGGAGAAGUUGAGCAUGAACUGUUUCUCAAGGUUUUUGUCCAGCCCCACAUUACUAAGCUGAGGAAUGUGACGGCUGUUGAAGGCAGCGCUGCUAUGAUCUCCUGCAAGGCUGAGGGUGAACCUCUGCCUGAAAUCUCCUGGAGGAGAGCAAGUGAUGGACACAGCUUUUCGGAUGGAGAUAAGAGUCCAGACGGGCGUGUGGAGGUGCGAGGCCGUUAUGGCGAAUCCAUGCUGACUAUUGUUGGAGUCAGGCUAUCUGACUGGGGACGCUUUGACUGUGAGGCUCUCAGCAGAAUCGGUGGACAUCAGAAGAGCAUGUUCCUGGAUAUUGAGUAUGCACCAAAGUUCCAGACCAACCACACUAUAUUUUUCUCGUGGGAAGGGAACCCGGUCAACAUCAGUUGUGAUGUUAUGUCUAACCCUCCGGCCACAAUGCUGUGGAGACGGGAAAAGCUGACCAUCCCCAGUGAGGGUGCUGGAAAUAUGCGAGUGCACAGUGUCCCCGGCAAAUCGCUUCUAGAGGUUACCCCAAUGUCAGACAGAGAUUUUGGCCGUUACAACUGCACAGCCAGGAACAACAUUGGGAUGCGCUUCCAGGAGUUCAUCCUAGCUCAGGCAGAUGUUCCCUCAAACCCUUACUCUGUUCGGCUGAGCUCGGUGGCACAGCGCGUGGCCACAGUUACCUUCACCAAGCCUGACUCCCAUGGUGGUGUACCCAUCAGUUACUACCUGGUCAAAUACAAAGACAUCAGCUCACAGGACUGGAAGGAUGUGAAAUCACAGGGGACGCAGACAAUCGUGUUGCUCACUAACCUUGAGCCCAACACUACAUAUGAGGUGAGAGUAGCGGCGAUGAAUGGAAAAGGUCAAGGGGAGUUCAGCCGCACAGAGAGCUUUCAAACUCUGCCCAUACGAGAGCCAAGUCCCCCUUCGGUUCAGGGUCAACGAGGGGUGGGGAAGGCGUACCGACUGGGUCUGGUCAAGCAGGAUGAUGGAGGAAUGCCCAUUCUGGAAUACAUUGUCAAAUACAAAACAGACAAGGAAGAACAGUGGAUGACAAAACUGGUUCCAGGUGUGAAUGAUUUUGUGCUGCUGCAACCGCUCCAGUGGAAUACGCAGUAUGAGGUGGAAAUCACCGCCCGCAACGUCAAAGGCCUGUCUGAACCCACCUUUGUGAAGUUCUCCAUGCCUCAGAAACCUGAUAUCACAGAUCAGUGUUGCAAGCCCCCUCCAACCGGACGUGGACGUCCCCAUGCGCAGCCUGUCCAUACGGUGACCGUCUUCGGAGCUUCUCUGUCAUUGUUGCUGUGCUCAUGUCUGUGUUGACAUUGCUCCAUCUUCACUUUGCCUGGAAUGAGUCCAAAAGACUGAGCCAGGGACUUUUUUUUUCACCCCCACCGAUGGCUCGCUGACCCUUAGCCGUGCCGGUUCAAUGCUCCUUAUCAGACUCUGGUGGCGUUCUUGUUAUUGUCCGAGCCUGUAUGCUUGUGAGCUGAUCCCUCCACUAUCCUGGCCUCCCUCCAUUCCAAAUCCAGCUUGCUUUUUUGAUCCAUAAAGGUCUUGCAUAUUACUGACAACAAA